CUCCUCAACUCCUCCUCCCUUUCGCCGAGCGAAUCUGACGACAAUACCAAGCGCUCCAUCAAGAAACCCUCUCUCAACAAGAAAACGGAGUAUCUGGGAGCCAUUGACGAAUUGACCAAGCGCAAGCGAGUAUUGGAAGGGGAAAUUGAGGCUGUGAAGCGCCAUUACAAUCAUCUCAAAACCAUCAAUUCGGAGUUGAAAGCGAAAAAGCAAAAGAUGAUGCCGAGUUUCUACAACGGUUCUCCGCAACCAGAAACAGGAAGUUCAAGUUCCGCCAUGGAAAUCGCUCAACUCACUGUCAAAUCCUCCUCUCCAACUCUCGAGAAUCAUCAUCAUCAACAUCAACAACAACAAAAACAGAAUCAUAAUCGUCAUCGUCAUUAUCCGCAACCGUCCAUCAAGAAUCAGACGCCAGAACCGAGCCAGAGUUUCCAAAUCCCUCCGUACGAUACCUCAUUGGGCCCAAUCGGAAUCCCCGACUUGAACAUCUCUCUCGAAGAAUUCGCUCAGAGGAAUUACUCCAAAAUCAAGGCCGCUCAAGCGAGACAGAGAAGGAUUCGGAUCUGCAAGACCAAGAACUCUAACGCAGCUAUCAAAUUGCAGAGCCCUAAUCCAUGUAGUGGUCGAGCUAGUGAUUCUAUAUAGCUCGGAUGACCAUUGAUGACCUUGAGACGCUCGAUGUUAAAGUAUCCUGCGCAAUCGGAGAUGUGAAACCCACCACCUUCCACCUAUAAAUAGAGACUCAUUUAUGUAUGGAGGUAGACAUUUUGAUUCCUCAUUCUGAUAGCUAUUGGUUAGAUUCUUACUAACUUGAUUGUGUUUGUUCUCGCCGGUCUUCUUUUGCAUACAUCGCUCUGAAUAGCUCGGUUAUGUCCACUCCUUUCAAAGUGAUCAAAUUUGGGUGUUAUGAACUAA